AUGGGAGUUCAUGGCUUAUCAUCAUACAUGCUCUUUUUAUCACUUUUAGUUCUUUCUGUUGCAGCAGUUUCUGUCUCUGCUGCCGAUGCUGAUUUGGUUCUCAAAAUCUGCCAAAAUUCUAAAUCCAGUGAAUUUUGUUAUGACACUCUGGUUACCGAUCCAAGAACUGCAGCAGCAGAUAUCAAUGGACUAAGUGUUAUAAGCGUUUCAUUAACAAUUAUAACAGUUCAAGAGACUACCGAUAAGAUUACAGAGUUUCUGAACCAUGAAAUCGAUUCUGUAGUGAAAGAACACUUAACUUCUUGUCAAGAAAACUAUGCUAGUGCAUAUUCCAAGUUUCAACAAGCUUGGAAUUCUGCACUAGAAAGAUCUUAUAAUGAUGUUUUGAAUUUGGUUAAAGAUGGACGGUCUGAGGGUUCUACAUGCGAGAACGGGUUUAGAUCGGAACCAAUUCGUAUAUCACCGUUAACUGACAGAACGGAUUUGUUGCUCCAACAUGUCGAAAUUAUUCAACUUGUCAUUCAACAGAUCCUCAGCACAAGCACUAAGUUAGAAGAACAUCUCAUCUGA